CUGAAUAGCAUGUUUACGGUUGCCUUUCCUGUUUUAAAAAGUCAAACUGUAAACAAACAUGGUUGAAGCGAAACGUCAAAAUCAGUCGGUCGCCGAAUGCGGCGCGGCGUGUUGUCGCUUUGAUAAUAAAUAUUUGAGAAUGGUGCAUUUUCCGGUGCGAAAGAGCUACCAGGCGGCCAAAUUUGUGUUGUUGGUUGUUUUGGUGGUGACAAUCUUGUCUCUAUUCGAGCAGUGGCGAGGUGGUAAGAGGAAUGCACGAGCCGAGUACUCGGAUCCAAUAGAGGCUGAAUACGAGAGGCAGAUAUUAGAAGACGAGGCGAGGAUCAUCCCCGGGCUGGGAGAGGGCGGCGCCGCUGCUCACCUGCUCGGGGAAGAGAAGAAGCUGGGUGAGGAGUCCGAGAAGAAACUGGCCAUCAACGUGUACCUGAGCGACAGGAUACCGUACAACAGAACUCUGAAAGACUUCCGCAACCCAGCGUGCAAGCGCGUGAUAUACGAUGCUGAACUACCAUCAGCCUCCGUGAUCCUGAUAUUCCACAAUGAACCUUAUUCCGUGGUAGUAAGGACGAUAUGGAGCGUAUUGAACAGCGCGCGUCGGAGCCAGCCGUGGUACAAGCACGCCAACUUCGUCGACCGACAGACCGGGAGAGUCACUACUGCAGGGUACCCGGGCCAGGAUCCGAACUCCAAGUUCGUGUACCUUAAGGAGAUAAUCCUGGUGGAUGACAACUCGACGCUGCCGGAGCUGAAGGGCAAGCUGAGCCACUACGUGACCAAGGUCCCAGGAGUGGUGGUUUCACUAAGACGUCGUACAACACCCAGGGUAGGUUUGACCCAGGCCAGGAUGGCGGGCAGCCGCGCGGCCCUGGGCGACGUGCUCGUGUUCCUGGACUCCCACUGCGAGGCCGUGCAGGACUGGCUCCGACCGUUACUCCACCGCAUCAAGGACGACUACCACCACGUUGUCACGCCACUCAUUGACGUCAUUGAGAAGUCGGACCUCGUCUAUGAGCCCGGAGACCGGACAGAGUUCGAGGUGAUCAUUCACCGAGCGGGUGUAGUGCUCAGUCGGACACUGUACACACUGGGGGACUCCGCAACUAUACUUGACAGGAUUGAUCCGGGCUCGGCUGGCGGGGUCCCGGGUGGCCACGGGCGAUGUGUUGGUGUUCCUGGACUCCCACACGGAGGCCGUCACGGACUGGCUGCGGCCGCUCCUACAGCGCGUCCACGACAACCGCAGCGCAGUGGUGUGCCCGCCAUUGACGUUAUCUCAUCGAACGAUUUCCUAUUCGCCGAGAGCCUAGAGAGCGACGAGGUAGACCUGGGUGCCACUGAACUAUUCCUUAUGUCUCUAGGAAUAAAGCUCAAUAUACCACGGGAAAUUGUUCCCGUUGUGCUCAUUCCACUGAAAUGUUGCAUUUGUUAUACUAAACACUGGUUGGCACUGUCGCUCGUGGGGCUGACGCGCGCGCGACUGGCGGGCGCGCGGUACGCGGCGGGCGACGUGCUCGUGUUCCUGGACUCCCACUGCGAGCCGCAGCCCGACUGGAUGCGGCCGCUGCUGCAGGCCAUCAGCGACGACCCGCACACCGUCGUCGUCCCCAUCAUUGACGUCAUCCAGUCCAACAACUUCUUCUACAGCGUGAUCGACACCAAAACAUUCCAGGUGGGCGGGUUCUCGUUCAUGGGCCACUUCACGUGGACCGACGUGCCCGACCGGGAGAAGAAGCGACGCGGCUCCGACAUAGCGCCCACCUGGCGGCGGCACGCUGGAGACGAUCCCUUGUUCCCGCGUGGGCCACGUGUUCCGCAGCUUCCACCCGUACGGGAUGCCCGCACACAUGGACACGCACGGCAUCAACACGGCGCGCAUGGCGGAGGUGUGGAUGGACGAGUACGCCGAGCUGUUCUACCUGCACCGCCCCGACCUGCGGAUGUUUCUAGUAGCGCCACCUGUUGUUACGGAGCGGCAACCACUUGCAGUUAUUCCGCUUAG